ACCCAAACCGGGAGCGGACGUAGCGGAGUGGGACCCGGACAGGGCCAGGCUGUGGGAGUGGGUUGGGCUUUCGGGUCCGGUUUAGAGAAAGGGCCUGGAGCAGGGCAGGGAUGAGGACGCGAGCUGGAGGGAAGGGGCUCAGAGUGCACUAGGUGAACUCAGAGGGGCAGGCGCAGGCCGGAGAGAUGCGAUGGCGCUGUGUUCCGGUUCCGGGACAGGACGGACGGGCCGGCUGUGGAGGAGGAAGUAGGACCCGGCUGGAGAUCAAAGGGGUGGAGUUGGGACCCCCGAGGAGGGGGUGGGCAGGGCCCUGGGCGGGGUGGAGGCGGGGCGUCCUGGGUCCGCCCCUCUGGGGUCUGUACCGCCCGCCGAUCCCGUGAUGUAGGUCUGAGCGUGCGGAUCACGAGGCUGUCCGUGGACCACAGCCCUAGAAGUGACAAUGACCUCGGAGGGGGACGUGCGCGCCCGGCUGCAGCGCGCUGGCCAAGAGCACCUCCUGCGCUUCUGGCCAGAGCUGGAGCCAGGGCCGCGCGCCGCGCUGCUGGCGGAGCUGGCGACGCUGGAACCCGAGGCGCUGCGCGAGCACUGCCAGCGAGCGGCCGCAGCCUGCGAGAAUCCCCCUGGGCCGCCGCCCGACCUGGCCGAGCGCCUGCGGCCCCUGCCCCCCGAGCGCGUGGGCAGCGCGAGCCGCAGCGACCCUGAGACACGGCGGCGCUGGGAGGAGGAAGGCUUUCGCCAGAUUGCCCUGAACAAGGUGGCGGUUCUGCUGCUGGCUGGCGGGCAGGGCACUCGCCUGGGUGUGGCCUACCCCAAGGGCAUGUAUUGUGUGGGGCUGCCCAGCGGGAAGACGCUGUACCAGCUGCAGGCGGAGCGGAUUCGGCGGGUGGAGCAGCUGGCCGGGGAGCGCCGGGGGACACGCUGCACUGUACCCUGGUACAUAAUGACCAGUGAGUUCACCCUGGGGCCCACUGCUGAGUUCUUCAAGGAGCACGACUUCUUCCGCCUGGACCCUGCCAACGUGGUUAUGUUUGAGCAGCGGAUGCUGCCUGCCGUGACCUUUGAGGGCAAGGCUAUCCUGGAGCGGAAAGACAAAGUCGCUAUGGCCCCAGACGGCAAUGGCGGCCUGUACCGCGCGCUGACGGACCACCAGAUUCUGGAGGACAUGGAGCGCCGGGGAGUGGAGUUUGUGCACGUAUAUUGUGUGGACAACAUCCUGGUGCGGCUGGCCGACCCGGUCUUCAUAGGCUUCUGCGUGCUGCAGGGGGCGGACUGUGGCGCCAAGGUGGUGGAAAAGGCUUACCCCGAGGAACCUGUGGGCGUGGUAUGCCAGGUGGACGGUGUCCCCCAGGUGCUGGAGUACAGCGAGGUCAGCUCUGAGACCGCGCAGCUGCGUGCAUCAGAUGGGCGUCUGGUCUACCAUGCAGGCAACAUCUGCAACCACUUUUUCACCCGAGGUUUUCUCCAGAUGGUUACCAGGGAGUCUGAGCCCUUACUGAAGCUACACGUGGCAGUGAAGAAGGUCCCGUACAUAGAUGAAGAGGGAAAUCUGAUAAAGCCGCUAAAACCGAAUGCGAUAAAGAUGGAGAAGUUUGUGUUUGAUGUGUUCCAGUUUGCUAAAAACUUCGUAGCCUUUGAAGUACUACGGGAAGAGGAGUUUUCCCCACUGAAGAAUGCUGACCCAGCCAACAGGGACAGCCCUUGCACUGUCCGGCAGGCCCUGCUCGCCCAGCACUACCAGUGGGCUCUGCAGGCUGGGGCCCGCUUCCUGGAUGCACACAGGGCCCAGCUUCCUGAGCUGCCCAGCUUUCCCCUGAAUGGAGACCCUCCAGCCAUCUGUGAGAUAUCACCCUUAGUGUCUUACUCUGGAGAGGGUUUUGGGGGCUGUAGCCCUGGCCUGGGGCUCUGGUGGUCACAGUGCCUUUCCAGCCUGCAAGAAACAGAAGGAAAUGUGCUGGAUUACUCUACAAGGGUGGGGCCUCACCUGUCACCCCUGGAUGUGACUACGCCAUGCUGUGGGGUCCAGCUGAGAGGCAGAAAGACUCAGGAUCUUGGAGAAUGGGACUGAAAGGAAGCUUUGUCGGGGCCCAACAGAAGUGUGGUGGCAGCUGGGAAGAGCAGGACAGGAUGUCCCUUGGGAAGCCAGCCCUGGUCAGUACACAGAGUCACUGGAUUCUUGACCAAGAGUGAAAUGGCAGUAGCCCCAGCCAAGAUGCUCUUCUGUGCUUUAGAAUGAGGAAGCACAAGGUGGAGAAUUCUAUUCCCUCAUGGGGCAUGUUCAAAGGGGCUGCCCUUUCCCUCCCUGGCACCUGAACCAGUAACUAGAUCAAGGUGGGAUGUCAAGGCUGGCUCCCCAAGAAAAGUAGCCCAGGUGUCCAUGAUAGAGGUGGCUCCAUGAGCAGCUUGGCCUGCUCACCUGAGGCUGAAGCCAGUACUCUCUGCCUCCCUUCCCUGUUUCUCCCUGUUUCCUGAGAGGAGGCUGCCACCUCUCAGCCUUAGCUAUGGUCAGCAUAAGGCUUCAUUAGGUGCUUGUCCCAAGAACAAGUAGGACCAAUACUGGUGGCCUCUGUGAUGGCUGCUAUUUAACUGACAUGGGAGCACCACACCGUACCCCAUCUGCCUGUACCUUCACAGAUCUUGGUGCUCAGCCUCCUCCCAAACUCUGGGGAUGGGGAGGCAGCUUCCAUAUUUGGUGCCUUGGCCCUGCACCCUAGACAAGGCUGGGGAAACCAGCUGGCCCCAGGCUCUUACCAUGGUGUUGCUCUGAGACACACUGAGUUCUCACCUGGGAAAGGACAGUGGCACCAACCUUACCCCCUUGUGUGAAGACAGCUAUGACAAGGAGCUUGCUGCUAAACUUUCACCUGCCCCCACCGUGGCCCACAGCCUGACAUGGACAAUCUACACGCAUCCCUACUGGUUACUCCAGAGGAGGGAUGCUAUCUGGAAGGGUGGGUUUAGAUGCAGCUGAUUUGUCCAGUGCCAGAGGGCUCCAUCUCACCAUAUUCAUACAUGAGUAAAGCAGCAGGGACAGGCUUACACCUUGCCAUUUUUAGAACCAAAGCCCAGACUUCUGCCUCCACCCAGGCCCUGCCAACCACCUUGUUGCAAAACUCAAAAACAAACUAUAGCUUGGGACUCUUCAUUAGGUACUCCAUAGACAAGCACACAGCCUGGGGCAGGAGAGGCUGUCAGACAG